CGCGGGUCCUCGUCCAAACCCAAACUUCCCCUUCCGCAAGGACAGAAGGACUAUAUUAUACAAAAAAAAAAUACUUUCCUCGUCGCAUCUGUGUGCUCGGCGCUUGCUGCCCGAUUCUCCGUUCGGAUCCAAGGGGACUGCCCGGCGGCCGUCUAAUCCACCGCGCUGUGUGAAAUCGCUGCUGGAGAUGAAGACGCCGGGACUGGAAGUAUCGUGGGUACAGGUCUUCAAGUGCAUCACCAUCGGCGACGCAGGCGUGGGGAAGUCGUGCCUGCUGCUGCAGUUCACGGAGCAGAGGUUCCGAUCUGAGCUCGAUCCCACCCUCGGUUGCGAUUGUAGCACGCGUAUCGUCGAUAUCUAUGGCAAGCCCACCAGGCUCCAGAUUUGGGACACGGCUGGUCAGGAAUUAUACAGCUCUAUUAAUAAAUCAUAUUACAGAGGAGCUGAAGUGGCGAUCUUGGUUUAUGACAUCACCAGGAGGGCGACUUUUGAUCAUGUUGCGAGGUGGCUGAAAGACUCAAUGGAGGUUGCAUCAGCCAAUCUGACCACAAUUCUAGUUGGAAACAAAUGUGAUUUGUCUGAUAGACGCACUGUCAGCUAUGAGGAAGGUGAAAGUUUUGCCAAGACGCAUGGGCUCUUCUUUAUGGAAUCAUCAGCAAAAACUUCUCACAAUGUGGAGGAGGCAUUCACUAUGGCUGCUAGAACAGUAUGGGAGAAAAUCGAACAAGGAGUACUCGAUCCAACUGAAAAGCGGCACGUACACACACUUCGCAGCUAGUCCUUCAGGCGCAAGAUCAGAGGUGGGCCCAGGAUUUAGGAGGUGUAUAUUCAAAAUUUCAAAUGGUGCACACAUUUUUUUGACAGCCUAAAAUACACAUUAAUAGCAUAUAAUUGAGUACUGACAACAUAAAUGAUUUAUAACUUGAAAUUAUUCAACAUAUAGAUAGUAGAUGCAUUAAAUGAUCAACAUAUCAAAGUUGGAACAUCUGAAAUAAACAGAGGAUAAAAUUCUAAAACAACAAAUGACAUUAAUUGAGGAUACUUACAUAUUGUAAUAACUUUACGAUCCCUCAUGGCUUGAAAAUACUUGAUGAUGUUCUCACCCUUUGCAAGAAGAAUUCCCUUUUCAAUGAA